UCCGAAGCCAUUCCCUAAUAUUUAGGGCAAGUCAGUAGAAAUCUUUAGAAAAGUAUGUCAGCCUGUUUUGCUUGUGCAGGUUUGGUUCACUAUCAUUUGACCUUUGGUAACCUUAAGUAUUAUAAGAUGAAGGGUAAUUAAGUUGUAAUUAAAAGACCCUUUAAUUUCUUAUUAUAGAAAAAGAUUAAAGUCUCUUCUUGAGGUAACGGAACGAAAUAUCGUUCCACUUACCUGUUGAAAUAAUUGCCCAAGCAGAAGACACCAGAUCAUGAAUGUGGGAGAGCUUUUGAUGUCAUGUUAGCAAGACUCAUGCAAUUAUUACAUCUUCAAUUGUUAUGUCUUCAGUGGGCCCUUGUACUGCUUUUGUCAGUUGUACAGCAUGGGUUGAGGUGGCCACAUCCUGGCAGGGGUCUCAACUCCACUAAUAGCUAAAGCAUGUCGGAGUUUGAAUGCUGGAUGCUUUGAGGUUGCCAUAUCGUGGCUGAAGUCCUUCCCAAGAACGGCAGUAGUGGUCGAGUAUGCCACAGUAUGAAAACCCAUGGACAAUCCCAAAUAUGUUGUCAAUGACGAGAAUUGGCUUGGCCCCAGUUUUGGGCUAUUUGAUUAUUGAAGAGGAUUUUAAUAUUGCACUAGGAGUUUUUGCUCUAGCUGGGCUAACUGAUUUGUUGGAUGGAUUUAUUGCUCGAAACUGGGCCAAUCAAAAAUCAGCUUUGGGAAGUGCUCUUGAUCCACUUGCUGAUAAAAUACUUAUCAGUAUCUUAUAUGUUAGCUUGACCUAUGCAGAUCUUAUUCCAGUUCCACUUACUUAUAUGAUAAUUUCAAGAGAUGUAAUGUUGAUUGCUGCUGUUUUUUAUGUCAGAUAUCGAACUCUUCCAACACCGCGAACACUUUCUAAGUAUUUCAAUCCUUGCUAUGCCACUGCUAGGUUAAAACCAACUUUCAUCAGCAAGGUAAACACAGCAGUCCAGUUAAUCUUGGUGGCAGCUUCUUUGGCAGCUCCAGUUUUCAAUUACGCUGACAGCAUUUAUCUUCAGAUACUGUGGUGUUUUACAGCAUUCACCACAGCUGCAUCCGCUUACAGUUACUAUCAUUAUGGUCGAAAAACUGUUCAGGUGAUAAAGGGCAGAUGAAAGUCAUCCAGCAUCAUUAGCAAGGAAGCAAUAUGCAUCAUUGGUGGCAGGGCCGGUGGAGACCCACAGGACUUUCCAUAUUUGGGUGUUCAGCUUGAAAAAGGACUUGUCAGAACAAACCAUGUCGUCAGAAUUUAAGUAAUGUGCAUUGAAAAUCAGCUUGAUCAUGGGCAUAUGCAGAAUUUCCAAUGUAUUUUUAAAUACAAAUAAAACUAUAAUUUAGAAUUUUUUAUCUUAGGUUUCUUGAUUAAUUUAUAAGGUACCAAUUAUUACAAUUAUUGUCAGUCACUUUUUAAUACAUUUUUUAAAAACAUAGUCCAGAGCAUGGAAACUGAAGAGUUGCCACUUCUGUUUAACAGAAUUUAGAUUGCUUACAAAGCACUAGGGAAUUUCCUGGAUUUACGUAUCCAUCCUACACAACUUGGCUACACAGUUUUAUGUUUGAUUUUUAGAACUGUGUAUACAUUAAUAGUUCAUGUGGUUAAUUGAUCAUUUAGGAUAAUGACAAUAAAGGUAGCUUAGUUAUGGAUGAAGUAAACUUGUAAAGAGACUUAAAAUGCAGUAAAUUUUGAAAAUUAUAGGAUCAAAAUAGAAGGUAUUGAAGUCCAUGUUCAGUAGUCUUCCAGCCUCUCAGGUGCCUAAUAGUUUAUGUAUCAGGAUAACAAGUGACAGAGGUGGUUGAAAUAUGAAAGCAUGUCCAUUAGCCUGCACCAUCCAGGAGGCAGUGAGUUACAUCAUGCCUUCCACUGUUUCUAACAUAGCAAUGUUUGUAUGUUACUGGAACCUGUAUCCACGUUAUGUAAAUAAUAUGAAACUGUAUAUUUUUCAAAAGUUUUUUUAAAUUUUGGGGAAUCUUUUGUUAAGAUGUUAAAGGAAUAAAAGAGCUGGAAAAGUC